UGAGAAGUCCCAGCUUGACAGUCCUCCCCAUCCAUUCCCUUUCUUGUCAUUCCCUGCAAUUUUCCCCCCCACUUUUUUUUUUUCUAGCUCGCUCUUCUUCUCAUGCAUCAGCCAUCACUCUGAGGUUUGGGGAGGGUCCCAGUCCCAGUUUGGGACAGCAAGAAGCCAAGCGAGAUUUGACAAAUGGAAAUGUGGGAAUUUGGAUUUUUAAAAUUACUGUAACCAGGACAUCUAACAUCAAGCCAGAUCAUUUUCCCGUAUCUUUUUCUUAUUGGAUUACUUAUGAUACUUUUUCAUAAUAAGCUGGAACUGGGACUGCGUGCAACACUGACAUGGCUCCCGUGUAGAGAACAACUCCAGUGAUGGCUCGGAGUUUCGUCGACAGCUGUCCAUCGUAGGACUCAAAGGCCGCCGAGUGCCAACGAACACAUUUCUUAUCCACCCAUUGUCACUCCACCGCAAGCCAUGCCAACCUUCCCUCCGAGAGGACAUCCCAAAAGCUGCACAAGGGGAAUGGCAAGUCACAGAGACCCUCGCUUUCUGCACAACCUGUCCUACCAUCCUCGAUGGCAGCAGGACUGCUUAAAAUUGAGAAGAGAAAGACACAUAUGGACUAAUAAUGGCAGAGAUUGUAGUCUCUUUAAUUCCUUGUUCAUGCCACCAGCGUUGUUAAAACCACAGUUGCCAUUGUCCCCAGUGCAGCAUUUUAAGAGCAGGCAGGUGAGCUGGCUUCUAAUACCCUUAUUGCUAAUCUUAUCCCUACCAUGUCAAGCCUGGGCAACCACCUUCAAGGUGGCCCUGGUUGGACCCUGGACUUGUGACCUCUUAUACUCUAAAGCCCUUCCGGACUUGGCGGCACGCCUUGCCACAGCACGCAUCAACAAGGACCCCUACCUCAACAAAGGCUACUGGUACGACUACACGCUGAUCAAUGAAGACUGCAAGUCAUCCCGCGCCCUUGCCCGCUUUGCUGAGCUGGAAGGCUACGGUGCGGCAUUCCUGGGACCGGCCAACCCGGCAUACUGCACCUCAGCUGCUUUGUACGCUAAAGAAUGGGAUGUUGGGAUUCUGUCCUGGAGUUGCCUGAAGCCAAACAUGAGAGAAGGAGGGCUUUAUCCCACUUUCCUGCGACCACAGCCGUUGUCCUCACAUGUUCUUUUCACAGUGCUACGCUACUUCCGCUGGGCCCACGUGGCCAUCAUUUCAGAGGACAGUGACAUCUGGGAGGCCACAGGACAUGAGCUGGCGUCAUCUCUGAGGGCUUUGGGCCUGCCUGUCAAGCCUGUGGAGACCAUGGGGGCGGACAGCGAUGGCCCAAGGAGAGCGUUGACAAAAGUUCGGGACACAGAUCGGGUUAGAGUGGUCAUCAUGUGCAUGCCUUCUGUCCUGAUUGGCGGUCAAGCCCAGUACAAACUUCUGACUACAGCUUUAGCCAUGCGACUGAUCGACCGCGGCUACGUGUUUAUCCCGUACGACACACUGCUCUACUCGCUCCCAUACAACGACGCCUUCUACUACGCCCUCGGCAAUGACACCAGGCUGAGGAAAGCCUACGACGGGGUGCUCACCAUCACCAUGGACUCUGGAGAGCGAAAUUUCCAGCAGGCCUUCAAAGAUGCUCAGGACAACUAUGAAAUUCGCAGCAGCUCCUCACCAGAGAACGUUUCUCCAUUCUUUGGCACCAUCUACAAUAUGAUGUACUUCACAGCCAUGGCCGUUGAGCAGGCCCGCGCUAAGAGCGGCCGCUGGGUGACCGGUGAGAUCCUGAGCACCAGCCAGGGAGGCUUUGAAUUCGAGGGCUUUAAUCAGCACUUAAGGGCAGGUAGAAACGGUGAAGGCAUGCAAGCUCGUUACGUAGUGCUGGACUACAGCGGCAUGGGCAACUCCCUCUACUCCACUCAUGUUCUGGAGGCUGCACACACAGAUGGCAAGAUUGGAAGCUUGAAAUAUCUUGGCAGAUCCAUCCAUUUUGCGGGAAGCACCCCUUAUAAGGACUCCAGCUGUUGGUUCAGUUCUUAUUUUGCCUGCACUGGAGGAAUGGACUCGGCUUCUCUCUUCCUUCUUUUUCUUGUUUUCUCUAUGGUGAUCGGGGGUGCUGUAAACAUCUUCAUACAUUUCAAGAGGAGCGGCAGAGUUGGCUUCACCUUUGGAGGUGGUGGCACAUCCACCAAAGUGGUCCUGACUCUGGAUGACCUGGUCUUCAUCAACACACAAAUCAGCAAACGGAAGCUGAACGACGAGAGCAUCCUGAAAAGUCAGCUGGACAUGAAGACGCCUCAUCACUCAGUGUCUGGUCGCAGCUACAUGGCCUCCACACCAGACAGCUCCAAUGUUGCUGUGUUUGAGGGGGAUUGGGUUUGGUUGAAGAAAGGCCCACCUGGAGCUGUAUCAUGCAUCAGUGGCGGCACGGAGUCAGUCUUCAUCAAGCUCAGAGACAUGAGGCAUGAGAAUCUCAAUCUCUUCCUGGGACUGUUCUUUGACUCUGGAAUCUUCGGGGUGGUGACGGAACACUGCACCAGAGGCAGCUUGGAGGACCUGCUCACCAACGAGGAAGUGCGUCUUGACUGGAUGUUCAAGUCGUCCCUGCUGAUGGAUCUCAUCCGGGGCAUGAAGUACCUACACAAUCGUGGCAUCAUUCACGGACGCCUCAAAUCCAGAAACUGCGUGGUGGACGGUCGCUUUGUGCUGAAGGUGACUGAUUAUGGCUUCAAUGAAAUUCUGUGUGCCCAAAGCAUCAACAUAGAUGCCGAAAAGCCUGAAGAUCUGUUCUGGACCGCUCCUGAGCUACUGCGCAAUUCUUCCAUGAGGAAAAGGGGCACUUUUGAAGGAGACGUCUACAGCUUUUCCAUCAUUGCACAAGAGAUUAUUUCCCGCUCUGCACCUUUCUGUAUGAUGGACAUGCCAGCCAAAGAGAUUAUCAGCAAGGUCAAAGAGCCCCCUCCUUUGUGUCGGCCCUCUGUGUCCGUGGAUGAGGCCCCGCUGGACGUCAUCCAGAUCAUGAAGCAGGCCUGGAGUGAAGAACCCGACAAGAGGCCCACAUUUCAAGACAUUUUUAAACAGUUUAAAAGCAUCUCCAAAGGCAAGAAAACCAAUAUUAUCGACUCAAUGCUGCGCAUGUUAGAGCAAUAUUCCUCCAACUUGGAGGAUCUGAUCAGAGAGAGGACAGAGGAGUUGGAGGUGGAGAGACAAAAGACGGACGCCCUGGUGGCUCAGAUGUUGCCCAAGUCUGUGGCCCAGGCAUUGAAGACAGGCAAGCCAGUUAAACCUGAGCACUUCAAUGAAGUCACUCUGUACUUCAGCGACAUCGUUGGCUUCACCACCAUCUCAGCUCUCAGCGAGCCCAUCGAGGUGGUCGACCUGCUCAACGACCUCUACACGCUUUUUGAUGCCAUCAUCGGGUUGCAUGACGUGUACAAGGUGGAAACUAUUGGCGAUGCAUACAUGGUGGCCUCAGGGGUUCCCAACAGGAAUGGAAAUCGUCAUGCAGCGGAGAUGGCCAACAUGUCUCUUGACAUCCUGCACUGCAUUGGCACCUUCAAGAUGAGACACAUGCCUGAACUAAAAGUCAGGAUCCGGAUCGGCUUGCACUCCGGCCCAGUGGUAGCAGGGGUCGUGGGCCUCACGAUGCCUCGGUACUGCCUCUUUGGAGACACAGUCAACACAGCAUCUCGAAUGGAGUCCACCGGCUUGCCUUACAGAAUCCACGUCAACCGGAGCACAGUAGACGUCCUGAACAGCUUGAAUCUGGGAUAUAAAAUUCAAGUUCGAGGUCUCACAGAGUUAAAGGGAAAAGGUAUUGAACACACAUACUGGCUUGUUGGAAGGGAAGAUUUCAAGAAACCGCUGCCCAUUCCUCCAGACCUACAAGGGGGAAGUAGUCAUGGCAUCGGUUUAGAGGAGAUUCCUCCUGACAGAAGACAAAAGUUCCUGGAUCGACAAAAGAAGAUGGGCUAGGGUGGUGCUCAAGGCGUAGUGUGUGUUUGAUUGUGAAAAGAGGAACAUGAACCGCAACAACAUCUGCUACGAUUAGUGGAACCUGUUUGGAUUUGCCAAAAAAAAAAGACUUCCUGUUCAAAAAAUAACCUAAAAAGAUGCAACCGCCCGUGUUUCUUCUCUUCUAUACUAUUUAUUUGCACAAAUAGACUUCACAUAAUAUUACAAUAUGUCAUGUAAUGGUCUAAAAAGUAUGUGCAGUUAGAGGGAGGGGCCGAUGUAAUGCUGGUGUGUAUAAUCUUGAUUUAUAGUAAGACGAUAUUCUAUAAACACUGCAAGACUAUUCAUAGACUACAUACCAUAUUGAGUCCAAUAUAAGACAGCACAUCUCUGGAAAAAUAUUUCUACAACGCAGCUUUAUUUGUCAUAUCUGUGCAGUACCAGCUGGUAGAUUGCAAUAAAAUAGGACAUCAUAUAUCUUAGCUGCUUGGCAGGUGUUUGAUGACUGCUUCAUUGAUCACCAUCGUCGCAAAAUUAACAUCAUUCUCCUCUGUUGUUCGAUAACUUGCUCAACCUUUGAGACGCUUUCUUUUCACAGCAUGUCUCCCUCCAGGUCACUGAUGUGUGUGUGUGUGUGUUUGUGUGUAUGUGUGUGUUUGUGUGAGUGGAAGAAAAGCUCCGACCUGCUUGGGAAGAAGUCAUUUGGCACCACCUGCUGGUUUGCACGGUGUCAAGAAGGGGGGGAAAAUGACUACUAGGGAGACCUUUUAAGCAACAGGACUGCUUGAUGCAUUUAAUUCAGUUUUUUUUUUCAAAAAUUCUAAUUUCUAAAAUAUUGGUUCAGCAUUAAUUCUUUAAUUUUUCUUUUUUUUUUAUUAAUGUGUGUAUUGAUUUUCAUGUUACCAAACACCCUUGCAGAAGGCAAAUGCUACAUAUAUUGACGAGUUGAUGACGAUCACGUCCUCUUUUUGUCUGGGAACAUGUACUGUAUCUACUGUAUAUAAAUGUGUACAUGGUACACAUUAAAGGGCUAAGAGCAGCAUUCAGCAUCCACAUGAAUUAAAUGUGUGAAAGAUGUACCUUCUUAGAAUACUUAUGUAGCAUUCUUCAACAUUUUUUUUUUAGGCUUUUAAUAUUUUUUUGCCAAAUUCAUUAGUGGGCUGUAUACUUAACAUUUGGAUGGAAACUUCAUUGUGUUUAUUUAAAUAAAUUGUGAGAGAAAGAAUGAUGCCGCUUUAGUCCAAAUUUGAUUCAUGACCCCAACGGUCAUAGGUCAUAGGUCAUAACUCUGAGAUCAAAGGGACGGAAAACAUACACACUCGAGGUCAAAGUCCUGUUUCACAUGUCAUAUUUCAAAAUUCAUAAAUCCCGAGCACGUAACAGAUCCUCCUUUUCCCCCCCAUUUCUCUGCGUGUGUGUGUGUGUGUGUGUGUGUGUGUACCCGUACCCCUCGACCCCUCCUCACCCUCCUCUUCUUGCCCCAGUCUCUGUGCCCGUGCGUGAGUGUGCGUGAAUGUUGCUCCCUUUUCUCCUUCUUUGUCAUUAAAACAUGAACAUCAAUAUUCUAUAUUUAUUCACAGGCACUAGUUUCAAGCUCUGUAGCUUUGCCGCUUCCUUGUGUUUUAGUACGCCCAAUUUCUUAUGUAUUUUUUAAAAAAUAAUCACAAUCAAUAUUAUAUAGUUAUUGAGAGGUACUUGGCUCAGCCUCUGUAGCUGGUUUACGGCUUCCUUGUAUUUUAGUAGACCCGAUUCCUUAUGUAAAAAACAAUUUACAGCCUCCGCUACUUCCUUUUCACUCCAGCUUGUUAAAAAUGGAAGGUGGCGAUUUAUGAAUGUUGUGUUAAAAAAAUGAGAAAUUCAUGCGAUGUCAUCAUUACCUUAUAGCGCUCCGCCCAUCAGGCUUGUUUCUGCAUGAACUGAGAGCAACUCUGUGUGCACGUUGAGGCCCGCCCCCAGUACCUCACACCUCACUUGACCCAUCAGUGACCUCGACCCACAGAGCGUUAGGUGUCAUACGGCGAACAUGGAUAGUCAUAAAGAUGUCAAUUUCUUGUCAAGAAAUCAGCCAGGCCAAACCAUAAUAUAUUUGACCCAUCGGUGACCCGCUGAGGGGGUUCACGGACAAGUUAGACAUGUAUAGACAUAUCCUAAUUUUUUUUUGAAGUGUAUUGCAUCGUCACCAUGAUGUCAAGGGGGGUGUGGGUGUGUGACCAAGUAAUAUAAUUUGUAUAUGAUGUAUAAAACUAUUAUUUGUCUUUCAUCAUGGACGUUUUUCUCAUGUAUUGUACCUCUUAUGAUUGUUCUAUUUAUUGAGAGGCAAUAAAAGAAUACAUUUGUAU